AUGCAGUUGCUGGAGCAGGAGGAGGCGGAGAGAAUGCAGAGGGACAGGAUCCUCUUUCAGGAGAGGGAGAAGGCUUUCAUGGAUAUCAUAAUCACCCGGCAAGAGCAAGAGCAAGAGCAAGAGCGAGAGCGAGAACAAGAGCAGAGCAUCGAUCAUGAUCAUGACCAUGACAAUGAAUUUGACUACGCGGUGGAGGAAGAAGGCCCGCCAGAGAUUAUUUGGCAAGGGAACGAGAUCAUCUUCAAGAAGAAGCAAGUCAGAGUUAGGGUUACGGACCCGGACAAUCACAAUAACCAUUCGCAGCAGCGUGGGGACAAUAGACCUACGUCCAAUCCCUUACCUCCGGAAUCCGAAUCGCACACUCAGACCCUCCAGGAUGUUGCUCAACAAGUGCCUAAUUUCGGAACUGAACAGAUACACGCCAUGUAUGAAGAGGUUGAACGCUGUUUUGAAGAAUUUUAUGAGGAUGUCCACACAGAAUUCUUGAAGUUUGGGGAAAUUGUGAACUUCAAGGUCUGUAAAAAUGGCUCAUUUCACUUGCGAGGAAAUGUUUAUGUACAGUAUAAAUCAUUGGAUUCUGCUCUGCUUGCUUUUAACUCGGUGAAUGCUCGCUACUUUGCUGGAAAACAGGUAAGUUGUCAAUUUGUUAACUUGACAAGAUGGAAGGUUGCCAUAUGUGGCGAGUAUAUGAAAUCAGGUUUCAAGACUUGUUCUCAUGGAACAGCAUGCAAUUUUAUUCACUGUUUUCGUAAUCCUGGUGGAGAUUAUGAAUGGGCUGAUUCUGACAAACCUCCUCCAAAAUUUUGGGUAAAAAAGAUGAUCGCUUUAUUUGGUUAUUCUGAUGAUUACGAGACUUCAAGGGAGCAAGGAAAUCUGAGUUUGUCAAAAAUAGAUUCUGAGAGGUACUACUCUAGAAGGUCAAGAUCUACGGAGAUGGAUCAGUUAAAUUGUGGUCAUUCUGGUAGAAGAAAACAGGAAGAUGAAAGAAAGCAAAGAACUCCCGAUGAGAACCGGAGUGCCACCUUCAAAAACAAUCAUAAAAGAAGAUCCAGGGGCAGAACUCCUGAUACUGAUUCUGACAGAGAAUGGUUAGAAAAGGAGGAAAAUAGGGAAAGACGCCAUGAAUACACUAGGAAUGGCACAUUUAACAAGAACAGGGAUGACAAUAGAAGAAGCCAAGGGGAUUCUGAUGUGGAUUGUGAUAGUAGGCACAAUGAAAAACGGCAUGGUAGAGAAGGAAGAAACCCAAGAAAGUGCAAUAGGGAUAUCAGGGUCUGCAUUAACGAGGCUGGGCUGGAUGGGGAUAGGGUUGAGAAAAGGCAACGUCUUAGCGAAAGCCCAAGACAUCAAAGUGGCGAUGCUUCUGAAUCCCACAAAGAUUUGUUUGGUAGAGUGGCGAUGGAAACACAUGAUUACUCACGGAAAAGCUCGAGACACAGAAGAUCGGGUCUCCAGGAUGACUAUAGAUACUAUGAGACUGAAAAUGACAAAGCUGAUGGAGAUUGGUCUCGGAAGCAGAGUUACAAACGAGAACAUCAUCACAAAAAGAAGAGAUCAAAACAUUAG